AUGGACCUCCCGGAGGAAAUCACCGCGGGAGAUGUGGUGCUCGUGAUGACGAAAGUUAGCCGCUCGGCGGACAACUACGAGAAUGAGGGGUGUCGUCUCAACUGUCUCUGCCUCGUAGGGGAAUAUCAGCCAGGGAGAGACACGGAAUGGUUCCUUUCACCGCUGGAAAACUACGAUACGAAGAAGCUGCGUGUAGACGCAGGUGUUGUGGCAAAAGGCCUGCACGACUACAAGGUGUUUGUACGCUUAGGAGAAUCUACGUUCCGACAGUACACGCGAAAAGAAUCUUCUUUGUGUGCGAACGUGAAGGUGUGCGCCGAGGCAUUCGAUGGGUUUUCGGGGACGUCACCUUUCACCUCACACCAGUCGUCCUGUAUAAGCUCCCAUUGCACUACGCCAGGGACGGGCUCACGCUCAGACACACAGGUGCAAUUUAUCGCUGACGGGUCCACUCCUAAUGUGUUUGAUGGAUCACACAACACGGUGCGGACGCCGUCGCCCACGUCGGGCUACGCUGGCGAGGCCUCGCGGGACGCAGGGGAGAAUCAGGAGUCAGAGAAUACGAGGAACGGAGAGGGGCGUUUCCUGCCUUCGUUGCGACCGCCGCGUCGUCCCUCUGUGGGUUUGGGCCCGAGGGUGAAGAGCACUGGAUCGCUUCGCUUCCGCCGGAUCCUGGAAAGCUUAUAA